ACUGCCGCCAUUGUCCAGCGGGAGACUGGUCGGGUGGUCUCUACGACGGGCGUGCACUUUAGAUUAGGAAUCGCCUUGGACGUCUGUUGUUGACCUGUUCGCUCGGGAUAGACCCGCAGGAUCAAGCGGCAACAAUGGCGAUGAUCUCGCGGCCGCAAGCAACACAACUUAAGCCAGGUCUGUCUGGUCAGCCUGUGGCUGUCUCUGUUGAUCCUGCCGAGAGCUCUCAUGUGUUGCCAAGGAGCCAGUGACUUUCCGAGAUGUGGCUGUGGACUUCACCCAAGAGGAGUGGGGGCAACUGGACCCUAACCAGAGGACCCUGUAUCGUGAUGUGAUGCUGGAGACCUUUGGCCACCUUCUCUCUGUGGGUCCUGAUCUUCCCAAGCCUGCGGUUAUCUCCCAGCUGGAGCAAGGUGCUGAGCUCUGGGUAGCAGAGAGGGGAGGCACCCGGGCCUGCCAUCCAGGCUGGGUUCUUGGACCUCAAGACCACACAUCAUUCAAGGAGCAGGGCCCUCAUGAGAAGGAACUAUCGCCCAUUACAGAAAGGGAUGGGUUCAAAGUGGCUGUUUCUUGUCAUCCCAUGGCAGAGGUAGAUCGGAAAAGUGAUUGCCUGUGGACCAAGAAGGACCAGAGUAACUUAGGGCAAUUGGAAAGCCCCAAGGAAAUAUCAAUUCAAAGUCAAAGCUAUGAAAGUCUUGGACUUGAGGAAACCUGUGUUCUUAGCUUAAGCACAGAUCUAUUAUCAGAUAUUUCUAGGAAAGAACAUGGCUGUACUGAUGGCUCACAAGUUAAAAACUCAAAACAUAACCCAAGUUUAGUUAGUCAGCAUACAGACUCCCCAGCAACACAGCCCUUUGAUGACAGUGGCAGCCAGAAAAACUUUGAUCAGACUGUGCCCAUUACAGAACCCACAAAAAGUCAGGUUCAAGAUAAACCCUAUAAAUGCACUGAUUGUGGAAAGUCAUUUAACCAUAAUGCACACCUCACAGUGCACAAGAGGAUUCAUACAGGAGAGAGACCUUAUAUGUGCAAAGAAUGUGGGAAAGCCUUCAGCCAGAACUCCUCCCUUGUUCAACAUGAGCGCAUCCACACUGGAGAUAAGCCCUAUAAGUGUGACGAGUGUGGGAAAUCUUUUUGCCACAGUACACAUCUUACAGUCCAUAGGAGAAUUCACACUGGAGAGAAACCUUAUGAGUGUCAGGACUGUGGCAGGGCCUUCAAUCAGAAUUCAUCCCUAGGGCGACACAAGAGAACGCACACUGGAGAGAAGCCAUACACCUGCAGUGUGUGUGGGAAAUCCUUCUCUCGGACCACUUGCCUCUUCUUGCACCUGCGCACUCACACUGAGGAGAGGCCAUAUGAGUGUAAUCACUGCGGAAAGGGCUUCAGACACAGCUCCUCCCUGGCCCAGCACCAGCGGAAGCACGCUGGUGAGAAACCCUAUGAGUGCCGACAGAGGCUGAUCUUUGAGCAAACACCGGUUUUAACAAAGCACGAGUGGACAGAAACCCUCAGCUGUGACCCUCCUUUGAGUCAAGAAGAACGAACUCAACGGAGCGAUAGGCCCUUUAAAUGUAAUCAGUGUGGGAAAUGUUUCAUUCAGAGUUCUCACCUCAUCCGACAUCAGCUAACCCACAACAGAGAGGAAGAACCACAUGGGCGUAGCCGAAGGCGAGAACAGCCCUGUCGGCGGGGCUCAAAGCUUAUUCAGAAUCCACACUCAAAUUCAAGAGAGAUCCCUGUGGCCCAGGCAAAGGCAGAACAAGCAAACAGGGCAUUGGCCUUGUUUGACCUUCAUGAAAUUAUGCAGGAGAAAAACCCUGUGCGUGUUAUUGGGGUGGAAGAACCUUCAAUGGGCAAUUCUGUGCUAUUUGACAUCAGAGAAUCUACAUAGGAAGGAAACUCUUCAGAUAACUGUUGAGUUAUUAGGUACAACAUAAGUCCACACAGUGUAUUGGUGGCAAGAGAAGAUGGCUUAAUGUCAGUGGUGACCUCUGACUUCAUAAGGAAGUGGUGCUUCCCAAACACUUGAGGUUCAUGAUUCUGAAAUGCAUCAAACUGGGCUCCUGUUUAACAACAGACUUUUUCUUUGUUUUUCUGAGACAAGGUCUCAUAUGGCCCAGGCUGACCUCGAACUUACCACGUAUCCAAGAAUGACCUUGAAUUUCUGAUCCUUCUGCCUUCACCUCCCUAAUUCUAGUUCCAUGGCCAUGUGCCAUUAUAUCCAGCAACAAUAGACAUCUUAAGAUGUUUUCUCCAUUACCACAAAAUGACUUUACCAGUAAUAAAACCUCUGCACAGGCAUAGUGUGGAAAUAACAUAUGACCCCUUUUUGUAAAACAUAACUAAUUUAAUUUAUAAUAGAAUGAUA